AUGUCGACUUCAGAACCGCCAUUAAACAAUUCUGCGAUGAGCAGACGAUCAGUAAGCAUUAGCUUUCAACCUCCGCCAAAUUCUCAUGAGAUUUCUAUAGACUCAUUUCCAUCAGAAAUAGAACAGACAACUACAUCCUUCAAGACCGCUCCUUUUCCCGUCCGUGACAUCACACAUUACUUUCGACCGUCAGGAGACUGUGUUGUUGCUCCGUCGUCGGGAUAUUGGGAUUCACGAAGAGAUGCAUCGGUGAAAUCACACAAACACAAUACCAAAUCACCGUUACAAAUGAAUAUUGAUGAAGAGCGACCACUAAAUAAAACAUCAAGCCACUAUUUCAACCAGUCAGCAGACCAAACGGAUGACCUCCCGCACGCGCCAUCUCUAAAUAUUCGCUCAUUCUUCGAGUCAGUGUCAUCGGUAAAAUCAAACGAACAGAAGGCCCGUUCACCAAUACACAGAGAUAUUGGUGAACAGCGAACAUCAAAUGGAACAUCAUCAUCUCAGGACGAAACGGACGUCAAGAGGCAUUUUUCUUACGCCACUUAUUCAAGUUUAUCAUCGCACUACUCAAAUAUAAACAUUCCAUCAACAGAUUUUCAAGAUGCGUCAGAAGUUCCAAACGCAAAUCAUAGCUCCAAAUCAUCGCCACUUAACCAAAGAAAUAGAAGCAACAGGAGAGAAACAACACAAAACGAAUUCAAGCAGUCCCCCACACCUCAACCGAUCAAUGUCAGUAACACGCUUUGGAACUUUUAUACGAAAAAUAGCUCGAGCGAUUCUUCGUAUCAGGACGGGUCUCUAACAGACUCUAAGAACAUCCACCAGCCUUCAUUUAACUAUGGUCAUCCACAACCCCAGCUUCUACACUUGCAUAUUGACAAAUCACCUUCCGUAGAUUUAACUUCUCGUUAUAUGUCGACUUCAGAACCGCCAUCAAACAAUUUUGCGAUGAGCAGACGAUCAGUAAGCAAUAGCUUUCAACCUCCGCCAAGUCCACAUGAGAUUUUCAUUAACUCAUUUCCAUCAGACGUAGAAGAGACAACCACUCCCUUCAAGACCGCUCCUUUUCCCGCCCGUGACGUCACACAUUGCUUUCGACCGUCAGGAGACUGUGUUGUUGCUCCGUCGUCAGGAUAUUCGGAUUCACGAAGAAAUAAGAUGGUCAAUGUCGUUAAACCUAUUUUUCUUCUCAAUCAUCAUUACGAAGACGACGACGAUGAUGAUGAAGACGACGUUUUUCGCAAUGAUUUAUCGCUGCCCGAUACACAUGCAGAAGAAGCGAACGUUGCAGUAUUCUUAAUUGCAAUAAACGGAUAUUGGGUAAAAAAGCCUACAUUUUAGAUACACUAGCUGAGAAUUCAGUAUACAUGUACAUGUAAACGUGUUUAUUGCUUGUUUUAAUGAAAGGAAAUCCUCAUGGGCGCAUUACGUUCAUGGUGUAGUACCUUUAAUGUUUUUUUUCUAUUUGCCAUACCCCGAUACUGGAGACUUUAGAGAGGUUCAGUGGGGCAAUGUAGACUUACACAGUGCUCAUGAAUGUAGUAAUUAGUAACUUUUUGGCAUUAGUAAUUUUGAAGUGUUAACAUGUAUUUGUUAGUAAUAACGUGCUCUCAAACAAGUUUGGUUCAGGUGAUAUGUCGGUUCAGCUAUCUGGGCUGCGUUUAACAAAACUUGCGACAAUUAAGGUCGUAAAUCUUUUCGGUCUUACAGAAUGAUUAUAAUAUAACGGACGUGUAAAAUUCACGCACUAUCAUUUAUAUCAAACUGUUUCAACUCUAAGUACGGUUAACUGGUAUUAAGGUGGAAUUACACAUCAUCACAAAAUGGCUGACCGUAUAUCCGUUCUUCCGCGUGUCACAAAAUUUGCAAAAAUGGGGAAAAUAUGCAUUUUAAAUUUGCGUCAGUCAUUUUUUGCGAUUUCAAAGGUUUCUUAUAGAAUAUAAUACGGGAUGUGAUUUCUGCGUAUUCAAUAUUAAGCGAUCGCGAAAAUAGCGAAAAUUACAUCAUCGCUAAAAUUACCGGAAAUAAGGCAAUAUUUGGUAGCUUAUAAACAAUAAACAUUUAUAAAUUCAGUCUCAAGUAUUUUUGCAAAAACGCAGCUUUCUGUCUAAACAUAUUUUAAAUACAGAACUCUCACUUUUUGAUCAAACAUCUUUUCAGACGUCAAAAUAGAAUAUUGUUCAUAACUUUGAAAUCGAAUAAAACCCUUUUUAGAGACUUAACACGGAUGAAAAAUGUAAACAAUGAUGAUGAUGACCACGACCCCAAUCGCCAUGUCCUUCUCGGGUCCAUUAAAAACAUCUGUUUUAACCUAAAUGAUAUUGGCAAUGUCAAGGAAUCUACAACAUUUAUUCCACUAGAUUAUCUUAUAUAGAAAUUGAUUUUUUUCCUUUUCACUUGCCAUCCCUUUUUUUAUAAUUUUUUAAAUUGAAAAUUUUGGAACACUUUUUACAUUUAAAAUGUGUGUCAACCUUAUUAAAUUCUUAUAUAUGUAUCUGCAUAGUAUUUAUUUAAAUCAAUUAAUAAAAGCAAUCAAACCUUAAUUGGGUUUAAUUGUACAGGGCUUUUUUGCAGAGUUUUCUUAAUUUCCAAUUGUCUCGGAAUCUUUGUACCUAAAGAUUGAUAGAAUAUUAAUUUAUCUUGAGUUGGAUCAAUUCACUUUUUUGUAACGCCAUACCGUAUAUCCAGGUUUUUUUCCCGUGUCACAAAAUUUGCGAAAAUAGUAAAAAUCUGUAAAAAUUUAUUUUGCGACAGUCAUUUUUUUGCGAUAUAAAAAGUUUCUUAUAGAAAACGACACAGGAUAUAUUUUCUGCCUUAUCCAAUAUUUGCGAUUUAAAAAGGGUCGCGAAAAAAGCGAAAAUUAGAUUAUCGCGAAAAUUAUCGGAUAUACGGUAUUUUGUUGCUUGACAGUUAUCUUGAAAUAGAAAUGUUUUUGUUAAUACAUAAUUGUACAAUAUGAAGUGACAUCUCGUGUUCUGUGCGGAAGUGGCGCGUAAUAUGCAAUGAUAUGGAAUAUACAGAAGUGUCGUGUUGUGUGCCUUUAUAUAAA